AUGAUCAAAGUAAACGAAACAAGUACUAAUACAACAGAAACGAUGAUAACAGAAGAUUGUCAAGAAGGUUUAACAAAGGAGGAUUCUACGAAUAAGAAAGAUAAUGGGCAACAUACAACCGACAAUAUUUUACAUAGUGUAUCAAUAGAUAAUGAAAAGAGAUUAUCAAUGUCAGAAAGAGUUAUUCAAUUUAUUGGAGGAGGACAUUCUAAUAAACGAACUAAACUAAAAGAAAAUAAUACGGAAAAUUCAACAGAAAGUGAAAAUGAUACCUCUAUACUUCAUUCAUUGGAUGCCACAACUGAAGAUCCAUUCACUCUCGAAUCUUUUGAUACACUUAUACAACAACAUGCGGAAAAAAAUAAAGAUUUUAUCAUAGCAAAAGUAACGACUGUUGACCCAUUAGAUGAAUUAAAAUAUUAUCAUUCAUUUUAUUCUGGUCAUCAUAUCAAUAAAAUAUUAUUCAGAACUCAACCCGAUCAAGGUUUAUUACAUCGUAUGAAAGCUAAAAAUCCAUUAAAUAAUAUGAAUAUAAUCGGAGAUGUACAUUAUUAUGUCGUUAAAGCAGCGAGUGUAAAAAAAUCACAAACAUUUGCAAAAUCUUCUUCGAUGUCUGCGACAUCAAGAAAAACAUUAGCUGUUAAGGAAGAAGGUGUAUCAAUAGUAGCAACUUCUUCACUAGAUAAAACUGAAGAGGGUGACUUUACGAUUAAUGUGGAUGAUGUAAUAUCAAUAGCAGAUAAUUUACAUUCCGCUCCACCAUCAAUAUGGAAUUUUAACAACGAAGAAGAAGUGGUGGUGGCUAUUGAGAUGAACUCUCAUUCAUCCAAGAAUGUUAAAAAUAAAAGAUGGUCAGCUGAUUAUUCUAUAAAAUCCCCUCCAAAAGCUUUUACAUCCGACAAUAAUAAUUCAUCAACUUCUGGAAAUUUGGAAAAAUUAUUAUCAUCUAUUAAAAUUAAGAAUUAUAACAACAGCAACAACAAUAAUAAUAAAGAUAGUCAAUCAAGUAAAGAAUUUUCCAUUUCAUUUCCAAAAAAUGAUGUCAACACCAAUCCUUCCUCUUCCUUAGAAAAUGAAUCCAUCUUAUCUCCUACAACUACAGUCACACAUAUAGAUGUAGGGGACAAUUCAAUUCAUUAUAAGGCAACAUUUUAUGCAACUGAUGAUGAUUUUUUGAUGCGUUCAACGGUACGACAAUUUUUCAAAUCAAAUGCACUAGAUCCAGUAGAUGCGCAAUUAUUUACAAUAAAUUCACCACAUAAUGUCUCGACGACAAUAAAUACAACGCCACCAAGUGCGAGAUUGGAAAGGAUGGUAACAAAUAAUGGAACAGAGUUCUUUGAUUCUACAUCGAGUCCAUCACAUUCUCGCAGAAAUUCUCAAUCAAAUCAUGUCAACACUUCAAGAUGGUGGAGAACGAUACAUAAUUUGAGAAUGAAUAAAGGGUUAAAAUGGUUGGUUUUGAUGUACAUGGUAUUUGGAUUUUUAUUAAUUAGAUUCGUUGUUAAUGAAACCUAUGCAUAUUUAAUGGCUUUCCUUUUAAUGUUGUGCUUAUUCCUUGUGUUUUGUGUUGGAAGUGGUGUUGGUAUUUGGGGAAGAUAA